GGACUGAACUCACAACCCUAGGUUCAGCUGGCCAGUGCUCAAACUACUGAGCUAUCUUCCUCACUAGAAAGUCCGCACACGAUCUAGUUGCUCAGCUGUUUAGAAACAUUCUAAAUAAAUGUAAGUAAACAUUUAAAUCAUGCCUGCGCUAUAUUUGUUUUUAAAGCGCGGGUUAACUGCCAAUUACCUAAAGAUAAAUAAAACUCUAAUUAAUACAAAUCCUAAAAUGCCACUGGCUUUACAAUGGUAGGAAAAACUGUCUCCCUAAAGGGCUUAUCUCACAUCCGCCCUCCAGCACGUUUAACGAGCCGAUACUUGUAACGUAGAUGCAAGAUGCUAACGAAACGAAGUACGAACACCAUUGUUCACCGACCAAGUAGCUACACGCUUCAGCGCCGCAGCUGUUCCAUGUUGCACGGGCCCUGGGAACACGCCUCACUCUCAUAGCGGGCUGGGCCGGCUCAGCACCGCAGCAGCUGCACGUGGCGAAGCCGCUUUUGAAAGCGGUCUAAGGAGCGGGGCUGCUGCCGCUGUCCGAGCCGGUGGGUUCAAGGCCGCUGGCUCGGGACUUCACAGCAAUACUGGGGUAGCGCGGGCGGCUCGCUGAAAUGGCACAAAACGCUCUGUCCCCACAGAUCACAGAUACUGUCAGAUCCUGCCUCGCAACCCAGCCUCCCCGGCUGUGUGCACGCCUGGUGCGGCUCCGGAUUGGGGUUCGGUGGGGGUGGGUCGCGCUCUGUCUCCGGCAGCAUCCCCAGGGAGAAGCCGGGCGGGGAUGGGAGUUUCUCGGAGCUGCUUCCGCCUCCAGCUGAGGCCUGACCCGGGAGUAGAUCGCAGCGGCUCUGUGCUGCGGACGCGGCGCGGCGGCGAGGCCAGCAUGAGCGGCCCCCAGGAGCUAGCGGGGGAGCUGGCCCGGUUCUACACGGUCACCGAGCCCCAGCGCCACCCCCGGGGAUACACCAUGUACAAGGUCACCGCACGGAUUGUUUCAAGAAGAAAUCCAGAGGAAGUCCAGGAGAUAGUCGUUUGGAAGAGAUACAGUGACUUUAAGAAACUGCACAAAGAUCUCUGGCAAAUUCAUAAAAACGUAUACAAGCAUACAGAAUUGUUUCCGCCUUUUGCCAAAGCAAUAGUGUUUGGGCGGUUUGAUGAGUCUGUGAUUAAAGAAAGAAGACAAUGUGCUGAAGAUCUGCUGCAGUUUUCUGCCAACAUUCCUGCUCUGUAUAAGAGCAAACAGUUUGAAGACUUUUUUAAGGGUGGUGAGGUGCAUGAUGGGUCAGAAUUGAUUGGUCCUGUAGAGCCUUUAUCUGAUUCCCUGAUUGACAGCUUAUCUGACUGCAGUUCUGAAGUUCAAAAGGAUUUAAGUGGACUUGAUGAUGUGAUGCUUACCAGCCAAUCAGAAUGUGGAGGUUUCUCCAGUGAUAGUGACCUCAUCUCUUUGACAGUCGAUGUAGACUCUCUUGCCGAAUUAGAUGAUGGAAUGGCAUCCAACCAAAAUUCUCCCAGUAGGGCUUUUGGUCUCAGCCUUGCUUCAGAAUCCUUAGGACAAGGUGCCAUUGCUUAUGAUUGUGAGUGGAGCAAACCUGAAGGCGAGAGGGAGAGCGAGAGCCGUAGUCUGUUUACUGGGAGCUUAAGACACAAGCUUGGCAAACAUGAUUACUUGGAGAAAGCAGGGGAGCUGAUAAAGCUGGCCUUGAAGAAGGAGGAAGAAGAAGAUUACGAAGCUGCCUUUAGCUUUUAUCGAAGAGGGGUCGAUCUACUCCUGGAAGGUGUUCAAGGUGAGUCAAGUCCAACUCGUCGAGAAGCAGUGAAGAGGAAGACUGCAGAAUAUCUAAUGCGUGCUGAAAAAAUUUCCAGCCUGUACCAGAAAUCCUUCUCUGAAGAUGGAUCAGUUUCUGGGCCUCCAGGAUCACUAAGUUCAAGGCCCUCUUGGAACCUGAGGAGCCCUGCCGAGGAACUGAAGGCCUUCAGAGUCCUUGGGGUGAUUGACAAGGUUUUACUUGUAAUGGAUACUAGAACACAGCAGACUUUUAUAUUGAAAGGUCUAAGGAAAAGUAGUGAGUACAGCAGGAACAGAAAGACCAUCAUUCCCCGCUGUGUUCCCAACAUGGUGUGUCUGCACAAGUACAUCAUCUCUGAGGAGUCUGUAUUUCUUGUGCUGCAGCAUGCAGAAGGAGGCAAACUGUGGUCUUACAUCAGUAAAUUCUUAAACAGAAGCCCCGAAGAAAGCUUUGAAAUCCAUGAACUCAAAAGUUCUACUAAAAUUCACCUGCAGCUGCCAACCCCUAGCCCUACAGAAAUCAGCAGUAGUGUUGACUCCAGAGGAAGCAGUGGGGAGAACGUGCUGAGAGUUAUACCACUGAAGAGCAGUCUUACACCAAGUUCUCAAGAUGAGAGUAGUAACCAGGAAGAUGGUCAAGAAGGUUCUCCCAAAUGGACAGAUUCUGGGUCAAGUUCAGAAGAAGAAUGCACUAUUAGUUAUUUAACAUUAUGCAAUGAAUAUGGGCAAGAAAAAAUUGAUCCUGGCUCUUUAAAUGAGGAACCUAUGUUGAAACCAGAGGGAGAAGAUCUUAAAACCAAAGAGUUAGGAUGUUUACAGGCACAUACUUUAGUUGGCAAUGAUAGCUUCAGCUCUCAGAUCACCUCUCAGGAGCUAAAGUUUUUCACUGAAGAUGCUGACCUGGAAAUACUUAGUCCUAUUAGGAUAUCAGACUCAUUAAGUAAAUCCAAGCACAGCCCUAUGGAAUUCUUCAGAAUAGACAGUAAAGACAGCACCAGUGAACUUCUGGGGCUUGAUUUUGGAGAUAAAUUGUAUAGCUUAAAAUCAGAAUCUUUAAAGCCAUUUUUUUCUGCACCAGAUCAUAACAGGAGUCUUGAAACCAUGGAAAGCAAGGUGGGCUUUAGAGCCCAGGACACAAUAAGCCGUGGUUCCAAUGACUCUGUGCCGGUAAUUUCUUUUAAGGAUGCUGCUUUUGAUGAUGUAAGUAGUGCUGAUGAAGGAAGGCCUGAUCUUCUGAUAAAUUUACCUGGUGUAUCCGAGAAACUGGAAGAAGCACCAAUGGUUAGGCCCAAAAAGCUUACAAAGACUUAUGUAAACAUCUUGGAAAGCAAACUGUUAGAAACUCCUGAUGUCUUGCAAUUAAAUAAUAGUACAGAGCAAUGCAAAACACUUGAUCAAAAGUUGAAUCAUGUGGUGCCAGAAUUGGGCCAUUCUUCUAGCAAGGAAUCGGAAGGACAAUAUGAUGUCACUCAGGAAAUUGUCGGGACACUAUUUAUGUCUGACAUUGACCUGGCUAGUUCAGAAGAUGUGGCUCAGUUUCAAGGACUCGGAGCAAUUUCUUCCUCAUCAUUAAAUGCAACAAGCACAGAAGAAAAUUUCUUAUUUAUUUCUAACUCACUCUCAGGUGCUAAAGAGCAUAGCUUAGAUGGAGGCAAUGUAAGAAAUCAAGAAAUGUUGCUAUUUUCUAAUCAAACGGAAGACUUUGGUAGAGAGAGAACAAACCCUGCUCUUUUACCAAAAGUUGAAAGCAAAGAGACAGUAGUGGAGGGCAAGAGUGAAAUAGCACUAGAAGGAGAGAAGGAAAUACAUCACAUUUUUCAGGACCUCGACAAAAGACUAGCACUAACCUCCAGAUUUUACAUCCCAGAGGGUUGCAUUCAAAGAUGGGCAGCUGAAAUGGUUGUAGCCCUUGAUGCUUUACAUAGAGAAGGAAUUGUGUGCCGCGAUUUGAACCCAAACAACAUCUUAUUGAAUGAUAGAGGACACAUUCAGCUAACGUAUUUUAGCAGGUGGAGUGAGGUUGAAGAUUCCUGUGACAACGAUGCCAUGGAGAGAAUGUACUGUGCCCCAGAGAUUGGAGCUAUUCUAGAAGAGACAGAAGCUUGUGAUUGGUGGAGUCUAGGUGCCAUUCUCUUCGAACUCCUCACUGGAAAGACUCUAGCCGAGUGUCAUCCAGCAGGAAUAAACACUCACACUUCUUUGAAUGUGCCAGAUCACGUAUCCAAAGAGGCCAGAUCACUCGUUCAGCAGCUUUUGCAGUUUAACCCUGUGGAGCGUCUUGGUGCAGGAGUUGCAGGUGUUGAAGACAUCAAAUCUCAUCCGUUUUUUGCCCCUGUAGAUUGGGCAGAUCUUUUGAGAUGAAAGGAACUAUGGCUGUAUGAACAUGCUCAUGUCUUCUGAUGGACAAAUUUCUCUGGUACAGAAGCACUCCUGGCUUGUCAUCAUAUAAGGCAUAUUGAAUCACUUGGACAAUAUGAAUAACGGAGAUGGGAGUAAUCAUGCAAAAAGCAAAUAUUUUUAACACAAAUCACUGACUGGACAGGGUGCUAGUUUAUUUUUAUUGCAAGUGGCUGCUAUAUGUAAACCGUCUCACCAAAGGUGUGCUCUGUGUUGAAACUGUUGGGUAAGCAUGUCUAGCACUGCCAGCUUAUGAAUUAAGUAGAAACAGGACCACACUCCAGGUGCUUCAUCAGAUGACAGAAGUGCAUAACUCUCUAGUCCAUGACAGCAGAAAGUAGGGCCUUUUAUAGUGUCAACAGACUAUUUCCCUGUGCUAGAUGCAACUGUGGGGGAAAGGAUCAAAUAAUUUAUUAAUAGUAUAUGCAGAACAAAAUACUAAAAGUGCUUUAUGCAAAACAUGGCCUAUAAAACAAAAAUAUGUAUCCAUGGAAAAAAUAAGAAAGCUGUUGCAUCAUACUGUGGAAUGUGUCUUGAAAGUGGCUGCAUAUCAUUUCAAAUAGUGGAAAGAGCAUAUGAAAAAACCAGUGCUGCCUGCGUUGUGCUUUCUCAGUUAUCAAUGUCUGUGCAGAACUCUCUCUCCAGAACAUUGGAUGAGUUUCGUGUUUAAGUCACUACAAAAAAGGAAGUCAUUUUUCCUCAGACAAGUAAAUAUUGCUUUACUAACUUAAUAAGAACCAGGAAAACAUGAUACUAAAUAAAUGUAUGGAUAUAAAAAUGAGAGUCUUCUCUCUUAAUUGCAGUUACCACAGUUUCACUUAAUGAACUCUUCCUUGGUGUGUUCCCCUCUGAACCUCUCCCUCUUCAAGACCCCAUUGUCCGCAUUCUUCUUCCCAAUUAAUCCUUUGGAGUCUUAUCUCUUGAUGAUCCUAACCAUCUGAGUGGCUUGGCCCACUCUCAUGAUCUGUUUCCAGGUGCUAGGUGCAGAAGAACCAGGGGACUUGUCGGUCCCAAUUGAGUGAGCAGCAACUAAGGAAACUCUGGGUGGGAAAUGGGAAUGAGACAAUUAGCUGAGCUGUUUGGUGAGUAGUGGGAUCUGAAGGAGGGAAUGAGGAGAAAGGGGGCUAAGAAAUGAAGAGUAUUUAUUGCCUUGUUUUGUUUUUUCUUAUUGCAGCUCCCCAGCUAUGCCAAUCCAUGUUCCUGACAUGUACAUAAAUACAGCAUAAACACAUUCUUUUACAGAUAAUGUAUUUGUAUUUGUUUUUAAAUGUUCCUUUACCCUAGUUUUAUCUGGAGAACAAAAGGCAAAUUCCUUUGCCAGAGAGAGGCUUCAGCAAUCGUUACUGUAUUUAAAAAAAAAAAUUCUCCUAUUUGUAUUUUAGCAACAUAUUUUAUGGGCACUCCCAAAAGUGCAUCUGCACAGUCUCCAUCUGUUAGACACGAGGUCUGUGUAUUAAAAUAAAGUGGAAAAGGAAAAUACUUCACUUAAACAAAGGAAAUCUGGAAACUUUUUUUUUCCUUUUUAAAUUAUUCCACUCCCCUCUUUUUUUUUUUUUUUUCUUCUUCUUGUGAUCAGAACUCCAGCAGAGGGGCUGCAGCAACAGGGCAGGUUGUAACCAGGUCACCAGUAUCAUUGCCUAUGGAGUGCUGUCCAAGAUGACAUCACUCCCAGAAAUUGCAUUUCAACCUACCACCCUCUGGCUUCAUAACAGGAACUCCCUCAGGUGAGCCACAGGAACAACUUCCUGUGCCGAGCUGGUAGGAAAUCUCUAAUGCUCAGACCAAGCUGUUGCAGAGCUUCCUUCCAGCAGUGCCCUAGCUGUGACUUUGGAAGGAGAUCUCUUUGCUCAAGUGAAUCCUCCCUUCCCUCAGCCACCUGACUCAAUCCCUGGGGCUCUCUAUACGGUAACACUAUCAGAUAAAUAUGGUCUGUUGGCUUAUUCCAUUGUGGUAGUUUGCCAGUAACUUUUUAAAAACACUUUUCUUGUUGUCUUGAUAUCUUUAAAUGCUGUCUAGUUCUAACCAUUCAAGUGGUAUCUAUGUGCAGUUUGUGGUCAAGUGCAAGGCAAAAUGAUACGUAAACACAGCCUGAAAUCCAAAAAUCAAGAAGAAAGAAAACACCAUUCGGGAAGGGACCAAAUAGCUAUUUAUUUUCAGUGGAAAGCACUCGGCUUAGUUAAUGACAUCCAAAUAUAUCGAUAACUUUUUAUUUGA